AUGAAUUAACUCGAUUUGGAUAAAUUGUUUUAUCCAAUUAUGAUGACCAUAAGAAAUCUUAGAACUUAUUUCAAACAAGAUGAUGAAAAUAAUCGCAUAAUAUUAGUAUUGAUUCCUAAAUGAUUAAGGACUGCCAAAAUAAAGUCGAAGCUUUUGCGCUUUCUAUUAUGCAUUUCUUACUUGACUUAAUAGUGAAUGGAAUUGAGCAUACAUCAAUAUGUUUCAAUAAAAAUGUUCCGUUACUCUAAAGAGAAUUAAAGAACAAAAUUGAAUGUGUACAACAAUUUGUGUAAACUAAUGAUGUAGAAAACUUAAAAAAGAAUAUUUUGAAAUAUUAUGAGUUAAAAGAAGGGUUUAGUGAAUCCGAAAGUGAAGAUGAAAGUGUUAGUUUGCAGAUCAAAUUGGUAUGAGCUAGCUCCUCUUAUAAGGCAGACUGGUAAAAUGAAAGAGUUUAACCCUGAAAUACAGUAACUUAGAGUUGAAUUGAAUCAAAAAGAAGCCACCAUCCAAGCAUUGAUUUAGAAACUCAAGUAUCGUUAGAAUAGCAUGGAGUUAAUGGUUCAUAAUCAUCAUAAAGAAGUUUCUGUACUUAAAGCUUAGUUUCUUUUAAACCCAUAAACUGAUGAUCCAUCAUCUAUUUUUAAUAUUAAAUAUUUUGACUCGACAUCAAUGAUAGAUCCAGAAAUAGCUGCUCUAAUGAAUGAAAAAAUCAAUGAUAUUAAAAAUCAAUAUGAACGUUAUGUUAAAUAAUUUAUGGAUAAAUUUUAAAGAUAAAGAGUAUCUUAAAAUAAUGAAGAUAAUAUUAAAAAACCAUCUUUAGAUGAUUAUACAGCUAAGGAUUUAUUAAAAAUUGCACUUGAUAGAGAAACUAAUCCACAUAUUUUCUUUAAGUAUAUUUAAGAUCUCAAAUCUAUUAAUUAUAUUUUAGAUAUUUUAUGUAAUUAAUAGAAUCAUUAUGGAAUUGAUUAUGAGAAAAUUAAUAAUGCCUUUAAGACUAAAAAUGAAGAUUUGAAAAAAAUGAUGGAAGCCCGUAUUAUGAUGGAAGAUUGUUAGGCUUAAAUAAGUGCAUAAUUUCUUAUUGAUCUAGAAAAAAAGAAAGAAGAAAUUUUAGAAUUAAAUUUGAUGAUAUCAUAAUAAGAAAAUGAAUAUAAAGAAUCAUUAAAAUUAUUUUAAGAUUUAAUAUCAAGUAAUAAUGAUAAUUAGAAGUAAAAUGAGAUUAUUUUUAAACAAUAAUAAAAAAUUGAGCAAAUGAGAUCUGAAAAUCAUAAUCUUUCAACAAUGAUUUUGAAUUAAAAAUAACAUUCUUAUUAAUUGAAAUAAUAAAAUUAGUUUUUAAUGACUAAUUUAAAAAAUAUUUUAAAUCUCUUACAUAAGAAAUAAUUGUAAAUUAAUUUAGGAUUAGAUAAGUAGGAUUUAAUGAAAGACAAAUCUGCUCCAAUUAAAGAAAUACUUAACAAAUUAAAUAAUUUAGAUGGAUAUGAUUUAUUUACUUUAAUUUAAGAAAUUAAACUACUACUUUAUUAAAUUGAAUCUGUAAAAGCUGUGAAUUAAAUUUCAUAAAGAGGAAAAUUAAAUAAAUAAACUUAAACGAUUUAAAUAAAUUAAGAAUUUGAAGAAAAAAGAGAAGAAUGGAGAAUAAGAGAAAAAAAAGAAUCAAAACCAAUUAUGAAACAUUUAGAAUAAAUUAGAUAAGAAACAAUUAAAAAAAGUAGAUAAAAAAUUGCUUCUACUUAAACAGAUAUAACUAAUGAGUAUAAAUCAACAUAAAAUUAAGAAAACAUUGAAGAUGAAAAAUCAAUAAUAUCAAAUUAGAAUCAAUAAAAGUAAGGAACUUUGUCAUUAAAAAUGUUAUUGAAAUAGGCUAAAUUUUCAUCUGAAUUAAAUCAUUAGAAAAUAAGAGACUUAACUCCUGAACCUUCUUUUGAUUAGUAAAGUUCAAUUUUUGAGAAAUUAUAUACUUAAUAAAAGUAGUAAAAUUCAAGAUGGCAUUAAUUGAGACCUUUAAUUGAUAAACUUUCUGAAGAGGAAUUCAUUGAAGUUAUCAAUACUUUAGGUAUAUAUUCAUUUAGAAAUAAAUAAUAAUCAUAAAAUACAACAAUGGAAAUACCAUAAUAUGAUAUAAGCAAAGUUUAAUAAUCAAUGAUUUAUCAAGAUAUUAAUAAACGAAGAAGAGAUUCAAGUGUCGAUUAAACAAAAAAGUAUAUUAAUAAUUAUAUAAAGUUUAUUUAUUGAAUUAGAUGAAUAGAGAGAAUAAGCAUUAAAACUCUUUUAAUAAUAGAGAAUAGAUACUUAUCGUAGAAGAUUAAAAAGAUUGGUUCCAGUUAUACCUAGUUAAUGUUUAUAAGUUGAAGAGAAAUUAAGACCAAAAAGUUAAAUUAGAAGUAGUUAUCAAAAGCCUGGUUACUGA